GGAAAAAAAUCUUGGUCUGGGACUCAUUUGUUCAAACUUGCGAAAGUCAAGAAAAUGGGCAUCUGACACGUAUGUAGAGCACUACCCACGGAGGCUCUCUGCAAGUUGCAGGUCUGUGCACCACAAAGUCCUCAAAAUUUCACAAUCCCCAUUUCAAGCCCGCUCUGGUUCCUGGACCCAAAGCGCACGGCCCAAAACUGCCAAGACUUGUUUGGCAUUUGUGAAAAAAUAAAGGGGAAUCCCCGUCAUUUCGCCUAUCCCCUGCCUUUCCUUCAACUUCGUUCACCCUUUAAAAGACCAGAAAAGCGGGAGAUGAUGAUGUAGUCUCAGACAGAGAGAGAUGGAGAUUGGAGAGUGAUACUUCGCCGGAGAGAGCUUUUCCUCUUUCGUAGAUUGAGUGUAAGUUAACGGUAAAGUGUGUGAGAAGACUUGAAAAGAUGACGGGGAUGGUGCGAGAACAGAAUCUGGAGAAGCAGAUAGAGAAGCAAAUGGGGUGCAUGGCAGGGUUCCUUCAGAUCUUUGAUCGCCACCAGAUUCUUACCGGAAAACGCCUAUACGCCGCUAAGCGCCUCCCUCCCUCUACGGUAGUUGAUUCUAGUCCCGAGUCUGAGAAGACUGUGGAGUCUCCAGCAAUAUCGAGGGAAUCGGAGGGGCAGCAAACAAGAUCAAUGCCUUCUCCGGGCCACUUGAAGCAGCAGCACUCUCCGGUGACGGAGCUCCGAUCUUCUGUGCCGGAGUCCCAGGCCAAAUUGCCUCUUCCUCUUCCGGUAUUCGAGCUCAAAGAAGGCACUAAGUCUUCGUGGAAAUUUUGCAAAGAAGCUCCUAGACUUUCUCUUGAUAGCAGAGCAACCUUCGACGCCAAAGGAAGCCUUAAACCGAAAGAGAUCCGUACAAAUGCUGCAAUUUUAUCUGUCACCACAUGCGAGAAGAAUGGAGAAGAAACAGAUGAUAGUGAGAAGCAACACCGAUCGCCUAGCGUAAUCGCAAGGCUGAUGGGACUGGAGAAAUUACCGGAAUGGGAAAAUGAACAGGCCAAUAAACCUGAACUACGAAGAUCUGCUUCAGAGUCCAGAGCUUCCAGAGAUCUUCUGCAAUAUCGAUUCAUCGACGGCAUCAAUUUCCAGUUAAAGCAGUCGCAGCAGCAGAAUACAAAGAGCAAUGUUCCAAAUAAUGUAAUCAGAGAAGGUGCCGUUAAAAAUCAAACAACGAAUGUCAGAACGGUAGAUCCAAAGGAGUAUAAUGCUGUGAGAAACACUAGAGUUGGGCCUGCGAGGGCACCUCACAAAGGCAUGGUACAAAGAAAGAGCUUCUAUGAUUCAGCUGAUUUCUUCCCUGAACCUAAACAUGCCGUGUCUAUCUACGGUGAGAUUGAGAAGAGGCUAAAAAUGAGAGGAAUCGAUGAGCCAUCAAAGGAUCUUGAGACUCUCAAGCAAAUCCUCGAGGCUCUGCAACUCAAAGGUCUUCUACAUUCCAAGAAGCCAUCACACCAAAAGAAUCAAAGAAACUUUGUGUACGACAGGAGUUUCUCACACGACGAAUCUCCAAUCAUUGUAAUGAAGCCGACAAGAUCGAUGUUUCCCUUUCCAACGAGUAACGGGUCGGCUAGAAUAGGUAAUGAUUCGUCCCCUUCGAGUUUUAGAGCCAAGCCUGCAGUUCGCCGGGACUCGAAUAUUUCCGGCGAAACAUUUCAAGCAAUGAGUCCCAGACGUGAACGACCGGAGAUUGAACGUAAUGUACGAAACCAAAACGGAGGUAGGAAUUCGAGUUCGCCUACUCGAAGUGAGAGCAGCGUGAAGAGUGCCAACAGGAGACCUUUGACUGUUGAAACGCAGAGGAGAGUAAGUAAUAAUUCAAUUGAGCAGAGAAGAGUAUCUCCGGUUCAGUCUCCUAAAGUUAGUUCGAGGAGAUUCGUACCAGAUCAGAGCACAAACCGAUCACCCAGAAACAAGAAACCAACGGUUGAGAUUUACCAGAAGGAGGAGAAGGUGUUUAUUCCCGCGGAGGAUGAAUCAUCCUCCAUUUCUGAAAGUAGUAUCAGCACGCCUUCUCAGACUGAUACAGAGAGGUCGAAAAUGGAGGAAUACAAGGAAGGUAGGAGCCUGCUGGAGAGGUGCGAUAAGCUGCUUCAUAGCAUAGCUGAAAUGACAGCGACUGAGUUGCAACCGAGUCCAGUAUCGGUGCUUGACUCGUCAUUUUACAAGGAGGAAUCUUCUCCUUCACCUGUCAUGAAACGGAGCAUUGAUUUCAAAGAUCAUUUAGCCGAAUUUGAAGAUGAUAUUUGGAGCCCGGCGAUCUCACAGGUGAAGUUAAAAUCAGAGGAAAAUUCAAACGACUGUGAUUUCAUCUACAUUUCUGAUAUUAUCAGGGCUUCCAAUUAUUUACCUGAAGAUUCUGAUGUCUUCCUGUUGCUAGAAAAGCAACAGUAUUUAGAGGGAAAAGACACGUCCGCAGUCUCUAGACUCCAAAGGAAGCUUACUUUCGACACGGUCGUGGAAAUUCUCAAUCGGAAGAAGCAAUUGCCUCCCUGGAAGGCUAUUAGUUGUGCAAAUUCUGCCGGUGGAGAAACUUCAUUGCAACAAAUUUGGUCAGAAUUUCAAAGAAUUCGCGAGAGGGAUGCAUCGGAUGAUUUGUUGGAGGUGAUUUGUGGUCUGCUAAAGAAGGACCUCGCAGGAGACUCUAUCAGUGGAUGGGGAUACUGCCCAAUUGAGAUGUCUGAAACAGUUUUAUACAUUGAAAGGCAAAUUUUCAAGGAUUUGAUCGGAGAAACCAUCCGAGAUCUCGCCGCCUUUACUGGGAAAUGCAAUCAGGCCUCGUUGAUGCGAAGGAAGCUAGUUUUCUGAAAGAAAGGGAGAAGCAGCCUUCGCUUUUCUUCCUCCUUACUUUCUGCCCUUCUUUAUUUAUUUCAUUUUUUUUUUCUUGGGGGUAACAUUUAAUUUGAUUACAGAUUACCGGAAAACGGGGCAAAUCUAACGUCCAAUUUCACAAUGUGUAAAGAAGUACUGAGAAUGUUUCAAUUGCAUGUGUGAGCUUUCAAGCACAUUAUCAUGUUUGCUAUUAAAAAUUGGAAAAGAUAUUAAAAAAAAAAUGAAGAGGUUGUUUGAUUGCAUGAUGGCAAGAGAUAUUUGGGUACAA